UGUCCGUGACCAGGCUUUUUUCUAGAAAUAAUGCCCUUAUGCUGCCCUGAGUGCCUCAGAGCUCAGGCUGUAGCUGUGGAAAAUGCGCUUGGGGAUUUUAAAUUCGGUGGAUUCCUCAUCGGGAGCUGUGAACAAAAGCAAGCUGCUGGUUUGCACAUCAGAUAAAGAGCCAGAGCAGCUCUAUAUAGCUGAUUAUAUCCUUUCUGACAGUGUCGAUGUUGUUCUCCUGUGACAGAGGACGUUUUACCUCAAGGGGCUCUUGAAGAGAUCCUGGUGAAAUCAUGGAAGUUGACAAUGACUUGGACCUGCUGGCCUCCCUCCUGGAAGAAAGCGAGGAAGCUGAGGAGGGGAAUUCUCCUGAGGAGGAAGGUGACCCAAAGGAUGAGGGGGGAGAACCAGACGAAUACGAUGAGCUCUUUGAUGCAGAAGAUGAUGCAUCCUACACUGAGGAGGUCAGCGCUGAGGAUAGCAUCAUUGGUGAGCAGAAGGAGAACCUGGCUGCACUGUUUGGAGACGUGGAUGACCUGCUGGAAGAAGAGGAGGCAGAAGAAACUGUUUCCACUUCAGCUCCCAGUCAGGAAAAAGAGAAGACCAAUGAAGAAUUGCAAGCUGAGCUGAGAAAAUUGCAAGAACAGAUGAAGAUGUUACAGGAGCAGUUGCAGAAGACAGCUAUUGGGCAGCAAUCCAGUUCAGGCCGUGAGAAGAAAACCCCUGGUAAAUCUCCCUGUCCACCCUUGAAGGAAAGGAAAGUUCAGAAGCUGCAAGAGUCACCGUGUUUCUCAGCUCAGCUGGGCAAUCCCUUACUGACAGCCAAGCAAGGAAUCCAGAAAUCAAAAGCCUCCUCAGCAGAGACCAAGACUCCUCCUCCGCGACAAGUCCUCAGUCUGGCAUUCCAGCCUCUCAAGUCUGCCCCGGGGAACACACCCAAUAAGGUGACCAGAGAGAAGACUCCUCAGACGCCUACGUGCUCCAGUACAACAUCUCAGCCGGUGUCUGUGGAAACCUUCUCGGGACUGAGAUUAAGAAAACCCCGGGUUUCAUCAGCUGAAAUGGACAGAAAAAUGGCUAACCGGAAGCUGAUCCGACUGUCCCAGCUGAAAAGCAAACUUGCUACAGAAAACUUGGAGGAAACAGACUGGGUGACAUUUGGAGUUAUAAUAAAGAAGGUCACUCCUCAGAGCGCAAAUAAUGGCAGAACCUUCAGUAUCUGGCGGCUGAACGACCUGCGGGAUCUCAAUCAAUCCGUCUCACUCUUCUUGUUUGGUGACGUCCAUAAGGAGCACUGGAAGACAGACCAAGGCACAGUCAUUGGGCUGCUCAACGCUAAUCCUAUGAAACCUAAAGAAGGCUCGGACGAGGUGUGUCUGUCUGUUGACCAUCCCCAGAAGAUCCUGCUCAUGGGUGAAGCUCUGGACCUGGGUACCUGCAAAGCCAGGAAGAAGAAUGGUGGUUCCUGCACACAGAUAGUGAACCUGAAUGACUGUGAGUAUUGUCAGUACCACGUACAAUCCCAGUACAAGAAGCUCAGCUCGAAGCGGGCAGAUCUGCAGUCUACCUUCUCUGGGGGCCGCAUUCCCAAAAAAGUUGCUCGGAAAAAUCCCGGUUUGAAGGAGAGGCUGUGCCAGGAUGGAUUUUACUAUGGAGGAGUCUCUUCAACAGCAUACGCAGCCUCAGUUGCAGCAGCUGCAGCGCCGAAAAGGAAGGUUCAAACCACUCUCUCCAAUCUGGUCGUGAGAGGAGUUGAUGCAAUUGUCCAGGAAACCAAGCAGAAAAUUGGUGCAGCAAAGAGGCCCGUGCCAUGCUCUGAGGAGUUCAAAGAACUGCUGGCACAGCCAACCUUUGGAGCACGAAACCUCUGCAAGCACUGGACCAAAGCAGAUGCUGAAAAUAAGCAAGGGGGCAAUUUCCAGUCUCUCUCUGCAUCAGCACUGCUCAAGCAACAGAAACAGAAAUUGCUGGAGGCCAGAAAAAAGCGAUCUGAGGAGAUUCAGAGGAGGUUUCUCCAGAACACAAGUAAAGCUGACAGCCCUGCUCUCCCAUCCUCCUCCGGGCAGUCCUCACACCUUUCCCCAACACCUGGGGCAGAGUUUCCCAAAGCUGCGAAAAUGUCAACUCCUCAAAGGCCGAGGCUCGGCACAGGCUUCUCAGAAGGAGAAGAUAUCCUCUUCUUUGAUGGGCCUCCACCUCCAACACCAAAACUAGGCAGCUUGGCAGAAGCCAAAAAGCUGGCUGCAAUACACCGACUACAAGCAAAAGGCCAGGUUCUUGCUAAAACUGAUCCAAACAGUGUCAAGCGGAAGAGAGCUGAUCUUGAUGAUGUCCUAGAAAUUGUUGAACGAGUUGAGAAAAACGUUGCUCAGUCACAGAACACAGACACAAAGAAUGAUGUGGAUGAACUGGAGCCUGCCCAGAAGAAGCGACGUGAGCAGCUGGCCUAUCUGCAGUCAGAAGAGUUCCAGAAAAUCCUGAAUGCCAAGUCAAAGCACACGGGUGUCUUGAAAGAGGCUGAGGCUGAGCUGCAGGAACAAUACUUUCAGCCCCUGGUGAAAAAGGAAGAAAUGGAAGAGAAGAUGAGGAACAUUAAAGAAGUGAAAUGUCGGGUUGUGACAUGCAAAACAUGUAAUUACACCUAUUUCAAGCCUCUGGAGACGUGCGUGCAGGAUAGCCACGACUACCACUGGCAUGAUGGCAUCAAGCGAUUUUUCAAAUGUCCUUGUGGCAACCGAGCCAUUUCCCUUGACAGGCUCCCCAAAAAACCCUGCAGGAGAAAAAAGGUCCGAAGAUUGGUGGAGAAACACUUUUACCGAGAGGGGAAGAGCAACCAAAAUUCCUCAAUAGUCUUAAGUGACCUGGAGUUGGUGUUUUCAUAACAUAAGGAUGAAUUUCUAUGUCUAACCCACACAUUACUGGAAUGCCAGGAGGAGUCUGGCUUGAUGAAUCUACAAGGAAAUCAAUUCCUCGUGAGAAGGACAUCCACAAAGUCUCCUCUUGACCGCUGCAUGGGCAUUCACGUUGAUCUUUUUAAAACUGCCUGACAAAGGCUGCGUAUGAAAUACCCGUUCAUGUCUGUACUUUCUUAGUAACGGGUGGUUUACAAGAUUUAGCCUAGAAAAGAGACAGGUACUGUGGAGUUUGUACCAAGAAAUCCCUAGGGACCCCACAAUUUAUGUUAAAUGACCAGUGUAGGAUGACCCCACCAGAAUUUUAAGGGACAAAUCAUCAUGAACUGAGAGAACUGUUGUGAUUCUGUAUGCACUUGUGAAGUUAAUAUUGUGGUGCUUAAUGUCAGCCUCGUGCCUUUUCAGUUGUUGGCUGAAAAGGGGUCUGAGAGGGUUGUAACCACACAGCAAUCUUCAUUGGCUCCAAAAUUAUUCGCUUGGAACCCUUAAGAACAGAUUUCAAGUGGUUCCUGAGUCGUCUCCUUGGCUUAUGACUUCAGAAAACUUCUGUGCCCCCCAGGUGUCUGCAGCGCAGGCUAACCAGAGCUCUUAACAAAAGCCUUUCCCUUUUCCCACAGCCCGUGCUGGAUUCCCAGCACCACAAGCACUACAACGCUUCUACAGCUGCGAACCUGCUGCUCCCACCUUGGAAAAGGCAUUUUAAUGAGUCUGGCACUCUUGUGAGUGGUCUUAAAGAGCUGAGUGAUUCUGUUGCACAGCUUUUCCCCUUUUUCUGGCGUUUUAAAUCUUCCUGAAAACCUUCCCGUUCAUUGUCUUGUGGACCUUGGAUGCUGGCACAGCUGCCUGGGGGACAGGAGAUGUCUCAGACCAAGCAGGAGUGAUCCCAGUAGGAUCACAGGGGGGUUUUAAGUACCUAAAACCACCGGCAUCUCUGUGUUUUGGUGAAACUGCCACACUUUUAUGUCGCAGUGGCCUCAUCGAUGGCUCUUGUUUGCUUGCACAGGGGCUGGAAGGAAAAUGUUCCUUCAUUUGAAGCAUCUGGGCAGGUUCACCUGCGUACUGUAGCCCUCUUCUCCAGGUGGUGCUUCUGCUGGGCAGCUUUGCUUGGCACGUUACCUUCAUUUCAGUCUCGUUUUGGUACUUUUGGGGCAGGAGGUGCCACUGGUUGGUGACUCUAAAUACGGAGCUGUGACAUUGCUUGGAAAUGCCCCUUGUUGCCUCAUCCAGAAUAAACGCUGCGUAAUCGAGCA